CAUCCCAUCGCAUCAACAAACCACCACAACGAUCAACCUCCACGAAUACCAUGCAGAUGACGCAGACCAUAUCUACCUAUUGUCAUAGAUGGUAGUACCUCGACUAAUGUCUGGCACCUGCACCGGCCUUCUCUAUUCCAUUUAAUUGUCCUUUACUCUCACCCUUCAGAAAAUGUCUGCGUUCAAAGCGCUCAAUCUUGACUCGGAGAAUGAAUCAGAAGAUGAGGUCGACAACACCAAAGAGAUCCAAACCGAGGAAGCCCUGAAGCUAUACGUAACCGCCCUCAAAUACCAAUCCGAAGGCCCCGAAUCAUUCGAUAAAGCCGCCGCAGCCUACAAAGAACUAUUCGAGUCGGAAGUAUUCAAAUACACCGAAUCUCUCUCGGAGUGGAAACGGCAUGAGUUAUUCGGAGAUAGCUUGGUAUUUGAUUCCAUACUUGAAGAUGAGUUCGAGGCUGGUCCAGUUCAGUUGACAGGCGCGAACGAAAGCGCCCCGAAUACACUCCCACAAAUACUCCACCUCUCAUACAAGAACCAUGGCCAGUUCAUGCUACAGACGAUGCAACAUUAUCUCCAGGAGCACGGCACAGUACCCCAGGAUCAAGGCUCGACUCAUGUACUUAGCGCGCUGCAGCAAUUCGCGGAGGCUCUGGAUAAGGAAGACACUGAUUUGGAUCUCUGGCUGAGGACUGCGUCGGUCGCCGCACUGCUCGGUAGUCAUCGCAUUACACGAUUUUGUCUCGAGGCCGUUCUGGAUGGCGAUGACGAGCUGCUUGAUAGCAUACUUCGGCUGCCUGGUCUCGAAGAAGGCUUCGCUGGCCAGCAGCUGCGAGAAUUGGUCGCAAAACUCGAGGACAGCCUCUCAUUACAGCAGGCUCCCCUGUCAUACAUGCCACGCAAAAAGCUUUCUGAGCUGAUCAAGAAGCGAUUGAAUCCAUACCCCUUCGCGCCGCUGCCUUCGGAGGUAUCAAAGACGAAUCCAUCAAACGCUACUGAACGAGAGCCGGAGCGCAUCCUUUUGGCCCCUGCAAAAUGGGACUGGGCGGGGCUUGGAGAGGCAAUUCUUCACCACUUUCUGGCAGACCAAGGGGGAUACAUUGAGCCUGUCGCCGGUGCAUGUAUCAACAUUGAUAUCCCAUCAGAUGUCUCUGUUGAUGAUCCUAGCGGCGACGAGCCAACCCUAGACGAUCCUUCUGCGGAGACGAUCGAGGAGCAAGCCGAGCCUUCAAAGGAAGAGCAGGCUGUUGCGACAACAAAUGAGCAGGGAGACGUUUCCACGGGCAACAAUGUCAAGGAGAUUGAUGCAAAAGAAGACGAGGAACAGGGCGGCGCUGCUACUCCACCAGGUCCGACACCGGCGUCUAGGAAGCGCUCAACGGACUCUGCUGGAUUUCCAGAAGCAGAAGGUGGCCGUGGACGGAGCAAAAGACUUCGAGCACGAGAUUCUUUCGCCGCCGAGGGCAGCGCUGGGGCCGAACCCGGUCCCCUGGAUGCAGCGAAACAGCUUGAAGACAAGCUCUACGCCUUCAUACACGCAGACAAGUGCCUCUAUGAAAUCGUCAAUGACAUCUUUGAAAGACUGGAUGUUGAAUCCCUUGGAAGCCCCGAAGAAUUGAGAGUGCUCCUGUCCAAUCCUCAAUCCGAGACCUCAUCUGUCAACGGCGUCGAUAAGGCUGCCUCUGAUAUGUACAAUGCGUUGCAGAGCGGAGAUGCCAAGAUUGCUGGAGUGUUACUGAGCAGCGAGCCUGUUGAUCUGGGUGGCAUGUCACGAGAAGCAGGCCUGAAUGCUUUCUUGGGUUAUGCAAAAUCCAGCAACUCACGAGCUUGUAGCAAGCCAAUUCUUGGGCGCGAACGGCUGGGUGCAUUCUCCCGCAACGUCAAUGAUACAUGGCUUUCUAUCAAAGAGGUUGCUCUUACCUGGCUUGAGAACCUACUAGCUCCGAAUGCUCUGCUAAACACCCCAUGCUUAGGGCCAGAAAGCAAAUCUGGCUAUAUGGACUAUCGCUGGGCGGAAGAUCUGAAACGGCACCUCGUCCAAAUUAUUGUGAACUUUGACGACUAUAUCUACGAGUACUUCCUUGCACGACUAGAGCAAAUCAACGCGGAGGUUCUUGUAAGGUCUGUUGACGCACAAAAACGUCUUCCAACCGGGGAACUUCUCUCAACCAAUGAGUCAGCGCAGAUAGAAGUGAUCGAGACAAUUUUCGAGCUCCACUUGGACAUUUAUUCACUCAUCCGGCACCCGCACAGUGGGGUAGAUGUAGUCACACAAACGGUACAGAAGCACCGUCUCCACAGAUGGUGCGCGCUUGCUCGAGAUGCAAUGCACCUUCGUUCGAGCUGCAUGCCGACUGACGAGAUGGAUGAGCUGGCCCUGCGUCACGUCUGGGCUUUUGUAUUUCAAAUGAGUGUCAACGAUGAUAUUUCUCCCGAGCUAGUUAUCCACGCUAUGGGAGAGCUGAAAGGCAUCUUCGAAUCUCGGGAUGGACUUGUAAUCGAGGUGCAGAACAAUGCAGUAAUGCCAGAACUGUCUGUUGCAGCUAUUGAUCGCGAGCUAGCCCGAAUCAGUAUGAAAGAUUUCUUUCUGAGGGUAUUCGAUCAAGAUGAGAAAGAUCCCGUCACAGUAAUCGAGAGUCUCGAGCCCAUCUUGGAACCUGCAGAGGAACCGCUGGAGGAGCCCGAGAAUGAUCAGCAUCCGAACGAGCAAACAGAAAGCGAGGUCAUCAGUGAUACUGCGGCUGUCCAGGCGGACGUCAACAUGCAAAGCCCACCAACUCCCAUUGUGGAAUCGUCUGUUGCUCGAUCUCCCUCUCAGGAAAUGAAGAAAUUUCUAGACACAGCGUCCAUUUCGCUUCGGCUGUCCCUUUGGCAGCGCCUCCGAGAAGCAUAUGAGGCCAUAGAGUACCCACCCAAGGUCAUGUCGUGCUAUUUGCGUAGCAUCGAAAUCCUCAUCGCUGAGUUCAAAUCCCCUGCACAUCUUGACAGCCCGGAUUCAGAUAGAUACGUAAAAGUGUUGAGUAGGCUUCGCAUUAUCGACGAGGUCUUGGCCAAGAUCCUGCACAUCAUUAAGGAUGAUAGCACAACAGCAUUCGACUGCCUUACCUACAAGCACCUCCAGACGUCAAUCACAACCAUCUCUGAGCUGCUCAGAAUUCUCCAUGCUGGAAAUUUUCUGGAGGAUUUGGUACGGGUCGGAAACUGUUCGUUACCCAGAUUUGAAGGCUAUCCUCAAGCAACAUUCCUGACAAUCACGGCACGACUCCAUGACAUGCAACUCCGUGCCUGGAUGCUCCAAUACUUCUUACUCAGGGAGGGGACUCUCCAAAACCCCUCAGCAUUUCCCACACCGUCUGAAGACAAGUUUGAAUUCCUUCGCCAUGUUCAUCACGCCACCGGCGUGCGAAGCUUCUGUCAUGCCUCUGGACGACUUUUCUUGCGUCUUGCCAAGGACGAGAUCUUAGCUAUGGAUGAUGUUAUCGAUGGUAACACGCGAGAUACCGAGCUCGCCCAGGUCCUCCACGAUCUCUACGGACUGAAGAUCUUCAUACAGCCUGGUGAUUGCCAUGAGUAUAACUCUGUCCCAGAGGUCCUGGAGCGAAAGAUGGCCUCCCAACUAUUAUCGUUCGUUCUUUCACAAGCCAACAAGAUCAACAUCAAAGACCUACCGAAGACAGAUCUCAAGACGACCAUUGAUAAGGUUCAUGGAGCGCUCGGUCGGCUCAAACCCAAUGAAGACAUAGUUCUUAACCGCAAGGUUUUGACGACGUAUUUAAAAUCUCCCAUUAAUCCCGUGGCGCUAUUUAAUUGCAUCAAAGGCAUUGGUUCAUUGUCUACUAGGUUCAUACCGGAUAGCGUCGCAGUCACAGCUUCUAAAGGUUGGUAUUAUCUGAUGGGAAACAUUGCACUCAGCAAGUUUCGUUCUCAAAAACGACUUACCCAGGGUCCGACGGAAGAUCUCAACUUUGCGCAGGCGUUCUUCUUGCAAGACCUAGAGUAUUCCGUAGACAGAUGGGAGACCUGGUACAGAUUGGCUCAGGCCAAUGACGCUCAGCUUGAAGAAUGUGUGUCUUGGACCGCGGAAAAGAUGAAUAGCAACAGCGUUGAGUUGAUCCAUUUUCAACGCGCAGCUAUUCAUUGUUACGUUAUGGCAACAGCGUGUGCUGUUCGCGAUGCAGAUGUUGCACCUCAGACUCUCGCCAAAGUGGCAGAGCUGUACACCGAUUUCGGGAAUAGGAUCUACUCUUCCUCGAGAGAACCCUUCAACAUGAGUGCGUUCAAAAUUCGCGACACGGAAAAGAAAUAUUACAGUGGUAGAGAGUCUCAUGUGGUAUACCAACAUGAACCUUUCGUGGCCUUGAGUGAGUAUACAGCCUGGAAAUUUGCCAGCGUGCUCUACAAGCGAGCGAUCAACGGCAACCCCGACAAGUGGUGGAACCAUUACAUGCUUGCAAAAUGCCUUUGGAAGAUGUAUACGCAUAAUACCAAAGCGGCAGCACAGGCCGCGCAAGAUGGCCAGGUCUUCACUUCGCCGAGCGGACCAACGUGGGAGCAAGCGGUCGAAGCACUUGUCAAUGCAAUCGAGAGUCUUCCGGAGAAAAGAGAAAGAGGCCGUGAACCAAUCUUAGAGCCUCAUUACAAACUCGCCUCUAUCGCACACAAGCUUUUCCAACGCAAGGUAAUCGAUCAUGAAAAGGCCUGCGAGAUUAUCAAGAACACCCACUACGUUCAAAACAUCGGCGGUCCAGAGAAUGCCGAUGAUUGGGAACGUUACAUCCUUGCCGUGAUCAAAGCACUUCGGACGGCAGACAAGUCCGCCUGGCACCAUCGCAUGAUAGCUCGCGCCGCCCACAUCAUCUAUGAUGACUCGACUGAGGCAAUGGUUGCAUACGGUGCUAAACAUGAGCUCACCCAGCAAAUGUUUACGAAGACGAUGACCGUACAAGUUUGGAAGCCGGAGCAUGAACGCCCCGGACGGCAUUUCGUGUACACAACGCGUUAUACUCACUUUUUCAUAGAACUUCUGACUAAGACCACGGACAAGGCCAAUUUCGAGGCCUUAGCUAAGCGCGUCCGACGGAAGCACACAGACUUCUUCGAACACUCAAAGCUCUGGCAAGAGCUUUGCUCGCAAUAUCUUAAACUUUUGCGGAACGUACUCGGCAAGAUCCCCAACGGCCAUGAAGACGCCGUUUUCAAAUCUGUCAACUACGAGGAGUUCUCGAUCAUGGCAGCUCGAUUGGAAGCUUGGUGCCAGGACAACAAUACUCAGCACCCAGUGCUGGAUACUUUGCGCGACGCAAUCGAGCUAAAGCGUCUCAAUAAUGGACUGAUGAAAUCGACAGCCAUUGACGACCUUAUCGGAGAUACUUAUGCAAUGCUGUAUUCUCAGAUUGGACCAACCCUUAGUGCGCUUCCUCAGGAGCAGCAAGGACAGCAGCAGUCCUCAGCAUCAGGCCAACAGACAAAUGCGCCUACGGACACGACCACGGAUACCUCUUCCGCACAGGCGCCACCCCAAUUGGACGGAUCCACUGAGAGUGCGAACUUGCCGUUCUCCAUCUAUCACCCCAACCAGCUUUCGCAGCCGCCGUCUGCGGACAACACUGCACGUCCUCGUGCGAAGGCUGUAGGCCGACGCGAGGUCCAACGAAGGGCGGAGGGCGCCUCCGCGAAGCCUUCAGCAACGGUCCCUGCCACUACCCACGCCACUAUGACGAUACGUUCACCGUCAGCACAUGUGCACCCACAAGUUGUUAUACCGGUCCGCGCAUCCCCAGCAAAGCACGAGGCAAACAGUCAAUCGCCCAUCAAAUCCAAUGCUCAACUUCAGAUCCCCGCCAGCGGAAGUGUCACGGCUCCCGGAAGCGUCGCCAACGCAGACAGCAGUGCUCCUCCUUCAGUGCACGACGAUGCAGAUGACGAGAGCGAGCUCAGCGAGCUGGACGACUCGGAAGUCAGGGAGAUGGAAGAAACCGUCGACGUGAACGAUUCUCUGCUGGAGGGCGAGGUGUCUUCAAACCCGAUGUUUCCGUAUCUGAACUCGCGGAAGACGGUGGACGAUGCAGAUGAUUCAGACAAUGCGGUCGACGAUACAAGCGAGGCACAGUAUGAGACUGCGGAAGAGGUUGUGGAAGACAUUUGAUCGUCUUUUGUCCUCCGCUGUCCUUCCUUGUAAUUUUUAUUGCUCUUUUUGAUUCAAAUCAGGUGGGGGGCAUGGAUGGCGUUAAGGAAUUCAUCAGGUACAUAUGGGCUAUGUCGCCCACUCGUGCAUGGCACAUUGAAAAUGGAAAUGAGCAAAGGUUUUGCUUUCGGGAUACCCUUAUGAAAAGUCGAGGGAUGUGUACUAUAGCAGGGGAGAGAUUGGCGUUGACGGAAUUGGCGUUCACGGUUCAAUUAGUACCACGGUAGUGGAUAUGAUAACUUCAACAUUUUACUUUCCGC